CCAAAUUACAGAGUCUAGUUCUUAGUGAAUGCAUACUGAGACCCACUGCAAAGUCUCGAAUAGCCACCCUUCAAGAACUGAUUUCAUCUUUAUUUCAUUGCAAUACUCAGCAUUUCACAACCGUAAUUUACCAUAUGUAAUUGAGUUGUAAAGGCCAGACUGGAGUCUUGGCAUACAUUUCUCCUUUGGUUGGUUAUCACCCUCAUCGCCAAAGACGUGAUCAUGUAAACACGUUUUCUGCCUCUUCAAAGGGCAUUCAUUCUGCUCUUGCAGUCGCACUCAUUGGAUUCUUCUACCGUUUUUCUUAAUAACCGCACAUCUUCAGAUAACUGACCAGGCCCGUGAUCAACUGACCCGUCCGAACCAGAUUGCCUUUUGCGUUGGUGUAAGUAUGAUGCUCCUUUCCUUGGAGACUCUUACGAUCUUUCUGGCCGUUUCAUCAGCCAGUUAUGGUCUUCAACCUUCACAUAUUCCUUCAGACACCCCUCUGUCAUCGCUGAUCGCAUCGGCGAAGACACAUCUCGCUGGUGGAUCGCCCCGCGAUGCAUUACUCUAUUUCGACGCGGCUGUGUCGAGGGAUCCUACGAAUUACAUCACUGUCUUCCAGCGGGGUGCGGCUUAUUUGUCACUGGGUAAAGGUUCUCAGGCAUUAGAUGAUUUCGACCGAGUUCUGCGGUUAAAACCAGAUUUUGAGAGUGCCCUCCUUCAACGGGCUCGCCUUCGAGCUAACAGUGCUGACUGGGAAGGCGCGUUGAAGGAUCUGGAGAUGGCCGGCAAGAAGUCAUCUCUGGAAUACAAUGAGAUUCAAGAGGCACGGAAUGCUGCAGCUCUUGCACAGAAUGCUGAGCAACACGGCGCCUGGGAGGCCUGCGUAAAUCAUGCGAAUGUGGCUGUUCUUAAGGCAAGCGCCUCCCUAAGUCUACGACAAACUCGCGCGCACUGUCGCUUCGAGAAAGGUGAUGUAGAAGAAGGAAUAAGUGACCUUGCCCAUGUCCUACACAUCUCUCCAAGUCUGGUGGACCCGCACUUACAAAUGUCCUACAUGCUGUUCUAUUCUCUGGGAGAUCAAGAACGUGGCAUUUCACAAAUCCGGAGGUGUCUCCAUUUCGACCCCGAUUCAAAACCGUGCAACGGCCUUUAUCGGAAAGAGAAGAAACUCCUCAAACAGUUGCGCAAACUACAAGAUUCAAUAUCUUCGCGGAAGUUUAGCAAUGCCAUCAACUUGCUUGUAGGUGUAGGCGAUGAAAGCGGACUUCUUGGCGAUGUGAAAGGCGACGUGAGGGAGGCUAAGGAAGCAGGCCAUAUCCACCCCGCGGCCCCCAACAAUCUCUAUGGUUUGCUGGUGGAGCGCGCCUGCGAAGCUUACCGCGAGGCGCAUAUGCCCAGGCGAGCUUCUCCGUACUGCUCUGAAACCCUCGACGUCAAUCCUUAUUCUCUGCCAGCGCUGCUCUUUCAGGGUCAAGCGGCUCUUGACGAAGAGCGUUUUGAUGACGCUAUAAACACGCUGAAUACAGCCAAAGAGCAUCACCCCGGGUCCAGAGACGUCCAAUCACUUUUGCAGAAGGCACAUGUCUUAUUGAAGCGCUCAAAACAGAGGGACUAUUACAAAGUUUUGGGUGUCAGCCGAGAUGCUGAUGACCGGACUAUCAAAAGAGCCUACCGCCAACUGACUAAACAACAUCACCCCGAUAAAGCUAAGUCCCAGGGUGUGACGAAAGAGGACGCCGAGAAGAAGAUGGCUGCAAUUAAUGAAGCCUAUGAAAUUCUUUCUGACCCCGAACUCAAGGCGCGUUACGACAGUGGUGAUGACCCGAAUGACCCGGAAUCUCAUAGGGGCAACCCGUUUCAAGGAAGCCCAUUCGGGCCAGGAGGCGGUCAACACUUUUUCUUCCAGCAAGGCGGACCACAGUUUAAGUUCUCGGGUCAAGGGUUCAAUUUCCCAGGAGGUUUCCCUUUCCGCUGAUACUGACAGCUAGUGUGUAUAUUCAAGAUGAAGAUUCUGUAUACUUUUAUUCCACUAAGCUCAAAACUUCAAAGCAAUCAGAUCAUAACUAUUGCUAUAAUCUCGGCGAAAAUGCUCUG